ACAUCUGUUGGUGUUUUUGUUGUUUUUUCAAACAAGACUGCAUACUCAACCUCAGGCAAAAUUACAAAAUAAUCAGCUGUUUCUUUGUGAGUUUGCUUAGGUUUUAAACUGAGGAGCAGGUGUUAAUGGGGCUUACAGCCAUGUACCAUCUACCAUGGGAACAAUUGCGUCCGUGUUACAAUGGCAUUGCACUUUUUGCAGCCUGAUCAACCCCACAGAAAGGCAGAAAUGCAUUAGAUGUGGCAGGGCUAGGGUGCAGGCGCCCCCCAAAAAAUUGUCGCCCACUUUCAGCACCCUAGAAAACAGGAACUGUACAGUUAUCAAGAAGCUCAAGUCAGAUUUUAGGAGGGAAUCAAAUCAACUAACUUUGGCUGGAGAUUCAUCAGAAACCAAAACACAACCAUCUGAUGAACGCCUGAAGAAAUGUCUAAGUUUACCAAGCUUACAAACCUUGAAGACCUGCGAAGUAUGUCACAUAUUCUAUAGCACCUCAACUGUCAGGUGCAUUCUGUGUGACAGAAAAAUGAAUCUCACUGAAUCUCCAUGCAAGAUAUGCUCUCUCACCCCUGUAGAAAACUACAGGAACUAUGAUAUUUUGAAUUGUGAUAGACCACCCAUUUGCAAAUGCCAGCGAAAUAAGUCAUUAUCUUUAAUCAAGAGCCUGAGUUGCUCAGUCGCUCAAAGUAGCGAACCAAGUAUAGAGGCCCAUAUUCCAAAAAAUAUUAGGACAACUGCCAGUGGUAUCAGCGAAAGUAGUAACUACAUGUGGGGUGUCAAGAAUGUAUUGCCUAAGGGGACUUGGACUUGCAAGCAGUGUACUCUGUUGAAUAGUGCAGGCUUUGCUGUAUGUGAAGCUUGUGAAAAUCCGUAUACGCCAGAUUUCAAUAGCAACGUUAAACCCAGUGUAUUUAUCAAGGUGAGAACAUUGUAUUUUAUCAAAUAAUUAGCUCUGUGAUGCAUAAGAAUCUGAUUACCUUAUAACAGGUAAGAGAUGUUGUGUUGCAAAAGAUUUGGGUCCUUAAGAGGGUUAAUUGGCC